GUGCCUGUCCCUGAGUCCCCAAAAUGGCUCGUCGCAUCAUCUGGGUUACCCUAUUGUUUCGCAAAGCUGGUCGAAUUCAUCAAGCCCAGUCGUGCUUGCACCGGUCAGUGCUACGAGCAUAAAAUCAGGGCUUGUUGCCAUGCCAGCUGCUCCUCCCUUGCAGUCAACAACGUUGGCUAUGGAUUCCUGCCUCCCUCUGCUCGCUGAUUCUCUCUCCCUCCGCUGCUCCCCCGCUGUUUGCUCCGCUGCUCGCCUCUCACCAUGGCGCGGGACGCCGAUCGGCUCGCCGCGAGCGCCGCUGCGUCCGAAUCCUGCACGUCGAGCGCGGAUUUCGCCGAUCUUCCCGCACCCUCGUUCAUAGUAGCUGCCUCGGCUCCCUCGGAUUCGCGAGAUAAUGCGACAUCACGCCAUCUUUCCACUGCCACCGAUUCGGCUCAUGAGGCCGAAAUAAGUCACCUUCCCGAGUCAUCCGACCGUGAUUCAGGGCCCACUUGCGCUGCUGCUGUUUUACCGGACGAAUCAGGCCCUUUGGACGCGUUAUCGGAGCUGGACUCGUGCGACCUUAUAUCGGGUCCGCACUCGGCGCAUCGCCAGCCGCGGCAGCCGCGCAAGCGCGGCGAUGACGGCAAGCUGCUCAUGUCGUGGCGCGCUCCGGACUGGACGCUCCCGCCGCUAACGGCGGACUUAAAUCUCUCCCCCGUCGAGCCGCUGGAGCGCCUCGAGUCGCGCACGCAGUGCCCGGGGUGCGGCAAGUCGCAGCACUACCUCUGCUUCAACUGCCUCCGGGCCUUCACCCCACCCAGCGUCACUCCCCGCCUCGCCCUCCCCUUCCACGCGCACAUUGUCUUCCACCGCACAGAGCGGCCCAGCAUGAGCACGGGCGUGCACGCCGCAGUCCUGGCGCCCGCACACGUGACGCUGCACCGGUGGGCGGACAUAGAGGCGGGGGGUCUGCCGAGGUUCGAUCCGGCGGACACGGUGGUGCUGUUUCCGAGUGGGGAUGCGCGGGAGGUGGGGGAUAUGGGGGCGGAGGAGCGGCGGCGAGUGAAGCGAGUGGUGCUUCUGGAGAGCAAGUGGAAGGGUGCUCCAGCACUGCUCUCGCUCCGCCAGCUGUCCUCUCUCCCGCACAUCCGUCUGCCGGGGUGCAUCCGCUCCGCCUUCUGGCGCUACCACACGCGUGGCGUGGCACCUGAUGCUGUUAGCACCGUGGAAGCGCUCAUGUGGCUCUGCCGCUGCUGGCACGCACGCGCAGGGGAGGGGAGCAGCGUUGCGGAGAGGCAUGGGGGGACCAUGGGGCAGAGAGAAACAGAUGGUGAAGGAGAGAAGGACAGGGAGAGAGAUGGUGCAGGCGACAUUACGAAGGGGGCAAUGCACGGUGGGGUUGGGGGAAGGGUUGAGAGGGGAGCAGCAGGCACUGUCAAGAGGGUCACGAAUGGCAAUGCAAUGGCUGGAUGUGCAGAACUGACAGCAAGCGGUGCAAGCAUUGAAUCCAGCACAUGCUUGGUGGGCAGCAGCAGCUCACUGCAUACUGAUGCUUCGCCGUGUACUGUGGCUGUGAAUGGGGCUUCAUCCGGCAGUGGCCAUGGCCAUGCCGCUGCUUGUGCUGCCUCGAGUGGUAGUGCAGCAGCAGUGUGUGGUGUGGGAGUAGGGGAUGGGGCUGUAGAGAGGCGGCCCAGUGACUGCCACUGCUUUGACGACCUGCUCUGGUUCUUCGCUCACUUCCACCACCGCAUUGCCCAGGAUGCCUGAUGUCUCUAGAUGGAACGGCAUGGGAAGGUGUGGCCCAAGGCAUCUGCUUAGCAGGUCGGGUGAUGUCUUGUGAUGUGGCAUUGUUCCGGCAAUGCAUUGCAUGGGACAUAGCCUCUCGCAUGGCGUGGUAGGUAGUUCCUGUAGUGCUGCUGUCACGCAGGCGUAGAAGCUGACCUGGAAGGAAUCGCUUUCCAUGAGACUCAAAAUGCGG